CGUCCGAUAACUUUCUUGCUAGCCAUGAAAUCCGACGAACCUGAAUCGGACAAAACCGUUUCCAUUGACCAGAUACAACCACUUAUUUCCCGUAAACUACCUCGCGUGGUUACGUCGAUUCCCGGGAAAAAGUCGCAAAAUGAAAGCGACAACGAUGGCGUUGCUAAGGCCACGAUCACUCAUUCUGAGAGCGGCACGAAGGACAGGAAGAAAGGAAGAAAGCUGGUGUCUGAGCUCACUAAAAUGGAGGUGAAGAGAAGCAAAGGAAAGGACAGAAAAAGGAAACUGGUUCGGGGUCCAUCUGUGGACACUUCGCGAGCAAGAGGCAGUUGCGAUGUGGUGCGACUCGCUGUAAGAGAGUUGGGCUGGCGCGAGUGUCCCUUGGGUCGUCGGACUGGGUGUGACUUUUACUGGCUUGGCGGACACUUUGAGAUGCCCGAAUUUCCAGAAACUGGACAGCUUAGUAAAUUUUUUGGUAUGUCAGAGGCUGCCCACAAAGUAGAACUAACAAGACACAUCAACAGGCUACAAUUCCUUUUUCCUCAUGAAUUUACCUUUUAUCCCAAGACCUGGAUAUUACCAGAGGAAUAUGGAGAACUUACUGGGUACAUGUCUAAAGCAAAGAAACCACCCACUCUCAUUGUAAAGCCUGAUGGAGGAUCACAGGGAGAUGGAAUAUUUUUGAUGCAAAAUGUUCAUGAUGUACAUCUUAGUACUGCCCUUGUGAAACCAUGUGUUGUCCAGGAAUAUAUCGCAGAGCCAUUUCUUCUAGAAAAGUUUAAAUUUGAUCUUCGGAUUUAUGUUAUACUGAAGAGCUUAGAGCCUUUAGAAGUGUUCAUCUGCCGUGAGGGUAUGGCACGUUUUUGCACCGAACACUACCAGCUGCCCACAUCUAAAAACAUCUUCAAGACUUACAUGCACUUGACAAACUAUUCUCUCAACAAACAUAGCGCAGGGUAUGUGCAAAGUGAUGCCGACGACAAGGGUAGCAAGCGCAAGUUAAGUGCCGUCUUCAAACAACUGGAGAAACAAGGGUGUAACAUUCCACUUUUGUGGGCUGAAAUAGACAAGGUUGCUUGCAAGACAAUAAUUGCACUGGUACCUGUUCUCAAACUUCAAAAUCAGAUUGCCAGUGCUGCAUUGAAGCAAGAUCUCAGAUCGUUUCAAAUCUUAGGUUUUGACAUCCUGUUGGAUAAGGACCUUAAACCUGUCCUACUUGAGGUGAACUCUGCUCCAAGUUUAAGGAUUGACUAUGAGGAAGAGGUUGCUCCUGGUAAAGUCGAGUACUUUGUAAGCACUACAGAUCUGGAUAUCAAACUUCCAAUUGUGAAAGAUGCCUUGUCGCUUACAUGGCAACACAAGAAAAUGGAUAGUUUGCCAGAUGUGUCAGGUUGCCUGUGUCAGAUUUAUCCUAAACUGGAUUCCCAGUUAGAUCACCUGAGAGUUGUGGAAAGGUGUCUUGCACUCUUCAAACACUUUGUAGGUGUCCGUGUGUCCAACAAGAUGGGACCCACUUCUUUCAGAUUGAUGGCAAGGCGGUGCCACCUGACAGACUUUGGCUUCUCUCUGGCUGCAUUUGAUAUCAUGUUUAUUAACAUGAGUCGCCGCCAUCCAGGCAGCGAGUCUGGUCGUGCAUCUCUCAACUUCAAUGGCUUCUGUGAAUCACUCAUUGCAGUAGGACAUAAGAAAUUUGCACUGACAAUGCGCAAGGAGCCUGUGCAAAUAUUAUUAAAUGUUUUGAAUCACUGUGAGCAACACUUAGGAAAAGCAGCAAAUGCAUCAACACGUAGAAGAAUGGCUGAACCUCCCUCCAAGCUGAGCGAUCAAAAACUGCUGAGUUGCUUCCACCUUCCUCUAGCUACAAGUGCUUUUAGUUUAUAAAUAACAAACACGAGAACAUAAUAAUUAUUAUUGCAAGAAGCACCACUCGAUCAGCUGGACUACCUUCAGUUCUACUAUCACAACUAAAUAUUAAGCAGUUACAGAGAAUGCAUGCACUGAUCAGGGCCUUGAAUGGUAAAUCUGAUACUUUUCAAGAUGGUAAGACUGAAAUCUUUUCUGUGACCUCAGAGACUUUCAUAGCCCUGAAAAAGAAAUGGACCUUUUCGGCAAUAUGGCAGCCAUUUUGAAUUCUAUUGUUUGAAAUAACUACUACAUGUAUGUACGGGAUGCUCAUGCUCAAGGAUAAAUUAGUAAACUAUGUAUUUGCCCCCUAAGCAUCCCAUAAUAGCUACUUAAAACUGUUACACUAGAAUUCAAAAUGGCCACUGUAUCUCCGAAAAGGUCCAUUGGGCAACUUUGAUUGUGAACAAGAUGAUCCUUAGGCUUAACCCCUUAAUUCUAGGGCAAAGUUUUAAUGUGACUCGACCACCACCCUAAAGCAGAGGGUUGCACAAAUUAAGAGUUCCAGUAAAGAGUUCUCUUGAACUCUCUCAACUGAUGUUUUCAUCAGGGUUUUGGAAACAUUCACACUAAAAUCUUAAUGUCACAUGUAAAUGCAAAAUGAAUUCAUAUAAUUGUACAUGUAGCAUGUAGAUAAAAUGAUGUAUUAAAUAAGGAAUAAUUUAUGAUGAAUAGCAAUUUAAAUGUACUUUAUAAUAAUUAUUGUAAAGUGGUAUAUUGCACAUGUAAAAUGUAUUUCAAAGAAAAUUAAAAAUUGUAAUUUAUUACAUUCUGCUAAGUAAUAAAUAGAAAUAUUGUUUCGAACUUAGGGAAAAAAUGCAGACUCCAGAGAUCAUCGAAAUUCCAGUUGUCAGUUCCCACUAUCCAUCAUAACUCACAUGGGAACUAAUACGUAAGUUAAUAUGUUUUUGAGCCGAGGAAGGUAAUCCAGACACUGAUGGCCUUAUUUCUGGCAUUUAUUUUUAGUGUUUUCAGCUGGAUGUUUCACCAAAAAGUCAAUAGUAAAGACCAAAGAUGGGAUCAUUCAACUUCCAGGUGUCAUCCACAACACAAAAUCACCUGUGAACGUUGCCAUUCUGUAUGUAAUCUCACUCUUAUAUAAGGGAGUUUUUUUUUUUUUAUCUUGCCAACUCUUACUCUGACACAGACAGUCUGGAAAAUACUGUAUUCAAUACAGAAAGACCCUAUUGGCUUGCCACUGAAUAAAGACUUGUAGUCAUCUUAAGAAUCAAGUAAAAAAAAAUUAU